AUGGAUAUGCGAGAUCGGCAUGAGGCCUUGUUGCCGACUGAAGCUGCGGUGGACAUAAAAGGAAAACUUGAUAAGGAUACAGCGCUAUAUUUAUGGGACAGUUUUGGUCAUAUACUCCCUGAAGUUCUGUACGAAGUUGCGAGCGAACAACCUAAAAACCCAAUACACUGCCUGGCUCAUAAAUUGCUCCGUUACAAAUACGAUAGGACUUUGCAAGAAAUGCAACAAAAGAGAGAUGAAGCAUCGAGUUACAGAGCCGGAAUAUACCAAGACCGUAAAGAUACAUCAGGAGUGUUCAUGGAUGAUAGUUACGAAAUAAGUUCGAACUAUAACUCCGGCAAGAAGAAGGCUUCCUUCAAUUAUGACGCGGUACUAAGUUCAACGAUCCCUAUAACGCAAUCAUUCCAGUCCAGAAAUUGUAAAGAC